AUGGCGAGUCUUCUGCGCGUGGUUGCCAGCAGCUGCUCCAGCCCCCUCUUCAGCGGGGUCACCAAGCUGCAGAGUGUCCGGACUGCGAAAACGCCAUGUGUGCGGUUCUUUAGGACCCAUCGAGCCCUCACUCGAGCUGCUAGCCCAGGCAUUCCUUACAAACAGCUGACAGUUGGUGUUCCCAAGGAGAUCUUUGAGAAUGAGCUUCGUGUGGCACUCUCGCCGGCGGGAGUGGACGCUCUCAUCAAACAGGGUUUUAAUGUUGUGGUGGAGUCUGGAGCUGGAGAGGCUGCCAAGUUUACAGACGAGAUGUACUCUAAAGCUGGAGCCACGGUGCAGGAUGUCAGAGGUGCUCUGGCAUCUGACAUUGUGUUGAAGGUUCGUGCCCCGAUGCUGAACCCAAUUUUGGGUGUCCAUGAGACGGAGCUGAUGAAGGAAGGAGCAACGCUGGUGAGCUUUAUCUAUCCUGCUCAGAAUCCUGAGCUGAUGGCACAGCUGUCUGACCGUAAGGCCACCGUGUUGGCCAUGGAUCAGGUGCCCCGUGUUACCAUCGCCCAGGGUUAUGAUGCUCUCAGCUCUAUGGCCAACAUCGCUGGCUAUAAAGCCGUGGUCCUGGCAGCUAACCACUUUGGUCGCUUCUUCACUGGACAGAUCACUGCUGCAGGAAAGGUCCCCCCUGCUAAGGUGCUGAUCAUUGGAGGUGGUGUGGCUGGACUGGCUGCUGCGGGCACUGCCAGGGCUAUGGGUGCCAUCGUCAGAGGCUUUGACACGAGAGCUGCAGCCCUGGAGCAGUUUAAAUCUCUUGGAGCUGAGCCGCUAGAGGUGGACGUGAAGGAGUCUGGAGAAGGCCAGGGUGGCUACGCUAAGGAGAUGUCCAAGGAGUUCAUUGAGGCAGAGAUGAAGCUGUUUGCCAAGCAGUGUUUGGACGUCGACAUCCUCAUCAGUACUGCCCUCAUCCCUGGUCGUAGGGCUCCGGUCCUCAUCACUAGGGAGAUGGUGGAGACCAUGAAAGAUGGCUCCGUGGUGGUAGAUCUGGCUGCAGAGGCAGGGGGCAACAUCGAGACCACUGUUCCUGGACAGCUCAGCGUUCACAAAGGCGUGACCCAUGUUGGUUACACAGAUCUGCCUAGUCGUCUUCCGACUCAGUCCAGCACCCUGUACUCCAACAACAUUGUCAAACUCAUCCGUGCCAUCAGCCCAGACAAGGAGAACUUCCAGUAUGAUGUCAAAGACGUCUUUGACUACGGCACAAUGGACCAUGUCAUUCGUGGUUCAGUCGUCAUGCAGGAUGGAAAGGUGCUUUUCCCAGCACCACAGCCGAUAAACAUCCCUGUGGCAGCACCUCCCAAACCCAAGUCUGUCCAGGAGCUGGAGAAGGAAAAGGCUGCUGCCGUCUCCCCGUUCAGAUCCACUCUCACCACUGCUGGAGUCUACUCAGGAGGUCUGGCCACGUUGAUGGGGCUCGGGCUUUCAGCCCCCAACGCUGCUUUUACUCAGAUGGUGACUACCUUUGGCUUGGCAGGAAUUGUGGGAUACCAUACAGUAUGGGGUGUUACUCCUGCCCUCCACUCUCCUCUCAUGUCAGUCACAAACGCCAUCUCUGGUUUGACUGCUGUCGGUGGACUCUCGCUGAUGGGAGGAGGAUACCUUCCAUCCAGCACUGCAGAAAGCUUGGCGGUGCUUGCUGCGUUCAUCUCCUCUGUCAACAUUGCAGGUGGUUUCCUGGUCACUCAGCGGAUGUUGGACAUGUUCAAGCGGCCCACGGAUCCCCCGGAGUAUAACUACCUAUACCUCCUCCCAGCUGGUGUGUUUGUGGGAGGCUAUGGAGCAGUGCUAAACAGUGGCUACAACAUUGAGCAGAUGAUGUACCUGGGCUCUGGACUGUGCUGUGUUGGUGCUCUGGGUGGCCUGUCAACCCAGUCCACUGCACGCCUGGGGAAUGCUCUUGGUAUGAUUGGUGUGGCUGGUGGCAUAGCUGCCACUCUUGGGGUCCUGAAGCCCACUCCUGAGCUUCUGGGCCAGAUGACUGCAGCUAUGGCAGUGGGUGGCACCGCUGGUUUAGCCAUUGCCAAGAAAAUCCAGAUUUCGGACCUGCCGCAGCUGGUGGCUGCAUUCCACAGCUUGGUCGGUCUGGCUGCUGUGCUCACCUGUGUGGCUGAGUACAUGGUGGAAUACCCCCAUUUUGCCACAGACCCUGCAGCCAAUCUCACAAAGAUUGUAGCCUACUUGGGCACUUACAUCGGUGGUGUUACCUUCAGUGGGUCUCUGGUUGCAUACGGCAAACUGCAAGGUGUCCUGAACUCUGCCCCCCUUCUUCUCCCUGGCCGCCAUGCUCUGAAUGCUGGCCUCAUGGCUGCCAGCGUGGGGGGCAUUAUCCCAUACAUGCUUGACCCCAGCUACACUAUGGGCCUCACCUGCCUGGGCUCUGUUUCUGCCCUGUCUGCUGUCAUGGGAGUGACCCUGACGGCAGCCAUUGGUGGAGCAGACAUGCCUGUGGUGAUCACCGUUCUGAACAGCUACUCAGGCUGGGCUCUGUGUGCUGAGGGCUUCUUGCUUAACAACAACCUACUAACCAUUGUGGGAGCCCUGAUCGGCUCAUCUGGAGCCAUCCUCUCUUACAUCAUGUGUGUGGCCAUGAACCGCUCCCUGGCCAACGUCAUCCUGGGGGGUUACGGCACCUCCUCCACCGGCACAGGCAAGCCCAUGGAGAUCACGGGCACCCACACUGAGGUCAACGUGGAUCAGAGCAUAGAGAUGAUCAAGGAGGCCCAGAACAUCAUUAUUGUUCCAGGUUAUGGUCUGUGUGCUGCUAAGGCUCAGUAUCCUAUUGCUGAUCUGGUCAAGUCUCUGACUGAACAGGGCAAGAAUGUCAGGUUUGGCAUCCACCCUGUAGCUGGACGCAUGCCCGGACAACUAAACGUGCUGUUGGCUGAGGCUGGCGUGCCAUACGAUGUUGUUCUGGAGAUGGAUGAGAUCAACCAUGAUUUCCCCGAGACUGACCUGGUUUUGGUCAUCGGAGCCAAUGAUACAGUAAACUCAGCUGCUCAGGAAGACCCCAACUCCAUCAUUGCUGGCAUGCCAGUGCUGGAAGUCUGGAAAUCCAAACAGGUCAUCGUGAUGAAGAGAUCACUGGGAGUGGGCUAUGCUGCGGUGGACAACCCAAUCUUCUACAAGCCAAACACAGCUAUGCUUUUAGGAGACGCCAAGAAGACGUGCGAUGCUCUGUCUGCUAAAGUGCGUGAAGGCUAAUGACUACAAUUGCAGCUCCGGCCCUCCAGGAGGGGGAAGAAUCACUGCACCCCGAGUGUGCGCACUGAACAAACCUUUAGACAUAAGGUAGCAUUCGUAUUGUCCCGCUCCUCGCCACAUUCUCUGUACUCCUUGUUUUAAUUUUAUGAAUCAGUUAUUUGGUUGUAGAGUUAGUACAUUGUUAUGCAGUAUUUGCUUUAACGGCAUUAUGUUUGACUUCUGGACCUGCGUAACUAAAUUAAGCUAAAAAGGAAGGAAUAGCAUUACAGCAACCCAUUAAUAGGACCUUAGCGUAUCUUGUCUAAGUUUUUUUUUUUUUUUUUUUAAAUAGACUUUUAUAUAAAAUUAGGCACUUUUUUUUUUCUCUUAGGCAACUGAUAGUCUUUAGGUAAUCUAGUGUAAUGCGGUUGCAGUUUAAGCCAUAGAAAGUACCAGACAUUUGCAGAAAAUGCUUUUUUGUUUUGGAGGAAAAACCAUGUACAUCCGUGUGACCAACCUGUGGAGAUGUGCCAUUGGUAUGUGUGCAAGAUAGAACAGUUGGAUGUUGAUGGCCAUUUUUUCCACUCCGUGUAAACCUGUUCUUACCUCGUAAGGCCUCAUUCCUUUGAAGGAUCAGUGCUGAUAUGAAGUAAAGGCCACCUAAUUACAAGUGACACGUUGUUCUAGAGGGAUCAAAAAUGACUAUGAAGAAAUGCAAACAAGACAAAUGUCAAAAUGAAACUUAGUUUCUUACCAUGCUUUCAGAUCUCCUCACAGCACUGCCCUUUGCAUUACUUGGCAGUCAUUAAUAUACAACUUACUGGGACUUACAUGAUGAAACCUACUUGAUGAAAUACAAAUUUAUGAUGAAGAAUAUGGCACACCAUGACAACGAUCCUACCUCUUGAGUUUUAAACCUGACCAAACGAUCUGUCUUGGUUCCCUCCAAGGACUAUAGCAUAUUUCUCAAAUCUUCUGCUAAUAUGUGACUUGAGCUGCAGCAGCAUAGAAAGGCCUGUUUGUGGGUUGACAUUAUUAACAGGUCAGGUUAUGCAUUAAUGAAUUGGACCAGUGCUCUAGAAGAAGUAUAUUUAAUGCCACUUUUUGUCAUUUCAAUUUUUUUUUUCUUUUAAAUUCACUGUAAAAAUAAGGCAAGAAUAUAUAAGCAAUAAAACAGUUACAUUGCAAGAAAAAAUAAACCUACUGGUUGUAUGGGUGAAGAUGAACUUUUGUAUCACCCCCACCACUCCUCAAUACUUCUGGACUUUUCUAGUAUAUAGAUGUGCCCUUGCUUGUUUAGAAAUGUUGACUCUUUUAAACAUUAUCUAGCACAAAAAGAUGUGAGGGAAAGGGAACAAGUAUUCAGACAUUUCAUCGUACCAUGGUUAGGAGAUAAAUGAGUUAAUGACAUACUGUGAAGUGUUUCUCUCUCCAGUUUAUCAUGGAACAUCACUCUUAAUAAACAUCCAGAUAUGAAAACUGA